CCCAGGCCCCCAUGGAGAGCUCAGAUGUGGAUCUGGACCUCCAGCGGAGCGUGCACGCCGUGCUCCGAGAGCUCAGCGCCCAGGCCCCUGCCCUGCCGAGCAACCAAGGCAUGUGGAGAUGGUCCCUGCACAAGAAGGUCGAGCGGGAUCCUGGUAAGAGUCCGGCACUGGUCCGCAUCCUGCUCAGAGAACUGGAGAAGGCAGAAAGUGAGGACGCCCGGCACGUCAUCAUUCCCUUGCUGCACACCCUAAUGUACGUGCUCACGAAGGCCACGGGCAUCACAGAGGAGCUCCACCGGAGAACCUAUGCCUUUUGCACAAGGUUGCUGACCUUGCCCGCCCCCUACUGCACCAUCGCCCUGGACUGCGCCGUAAGGCUGAAAACGGAGACGGCCGUGCCAGGGACGCUGUACCAGAGGCUGGUCAUUGCCGAGCAGAACCUGACGAGUGAGCUGUACCCCUACCGGGAGAGAGUGUUCCUCUUCGUGGAUCCUGAGCUGGUGUCUCCCUCCGUGUGCAGUGCCCUGCUGCUGGAGAUCGAGGCGGCCCAGGGGCAGCGGACACCGGAGGCCUGCAUGCGCCACGUGGUCUCCCACGCCCUGCAGGCGGCGCUGGGGGAGGCCUGCGAGGCAGGCGUGCUGCAAAGGAAGCUGCAGACCAGCUCCCGCCGCGCCCUGGAGCGCUAUUUCCACGCCGUGGUGGCAGCCGUGGAGCAGAUGGCCAGCGAGCCCAGCCCGAGCCGGGAGGGCCACCUGCAGAGGCUGGAGGAGAUUUACUGUUCGCUGCUGGGGCCGGCGGAGGCCGCCAGGGGGCGCUGCGGCGGUGACCCCCCCCCGGACCGGCUGCUAGGCAGCUCUCUGCCCAGCCCCCUUAUCACCUUCCACCUAUGGACCGACGAGGAGCAGCUCUGGAAGGAGCUGGUGCUCUUCCUGCGCCCGCGAUCCCAGUGCCUCAGUGCAGACUUGGAAGCCUUGGAUCUGCAGGGCCUCCUGCCAGACCAGGCGUUGGCCCGGGCGUCCAUGCUGUCCACCGACAGCGGCAUCGAGCGGGACCUCCCUUGGGGGGCCGACGAGCCGCCCGCACCCGGCAGCCCCGAGGUGGAGCGAGCCAGGCUGCAGCGCAAAGGGGGCAUCAAGAAGCGGGUGUGGCCCCCGGACAUCCUGAUGCCCGGCAGCUGGGAUGGGCCGCCGGGGCUGCACCGGAGGACUGGCAGGCCCAGCGGGGAUAGGGAGCUGCUGCCUGGGGUCUCCCGGCUGCACACGGCCCGGGUGCUGGUGCUGGGCGACGAUCGGAUGCUGGGGCGCCUGGCCCGGGCCUACCACAGCCUCAGGAAACGAGAGACCCAGAAGUUCUGCCUCACCCCCAGACUCAGCCUGCAGCUCUACUACAUCCCUGUGCUGGCACCUGAGAAGCCCACAGCAUCCAGGCAUUCAGAGCUCGGAGAGUUGGCUGCGUUCCUGGGCCGCGCAGACCCGUGGUAUGAGAGCAUCGUCAACACCCUGUGCCCUGCCAUCCACAAGCUGGCAGAGAUGCCUCUCUGCCUGGACACCUCCCAGACCGUAGACCCCUUCAUCCUGGAUGCCAUCACCUACUAUGUUCGCAUGGGCACCCAACCCAUCUAUUUCCAGAUCUACGCAGUCAAGAUCUUCUUCAAUGACCUGAGCCAAGACCCUGCAGAGGACAUCUUCCUCACCGAGCUCCAAGUCAAUAUCCAAGACUCCAAGUUGGCCAGAGAUAGCCCUUCGCCCAGGAGGAGGGCCGUGGCCGAGGGCCCGGGGGCUGAGCUCUCCGUCUGCUACCAGAAGGCCCUGCUCAGCCACCGCACCCGAGAGGUCACCGUGUCCCUGCGGGCCACCGGGCUGGUCCUGAAGGCCCUUCCAGCUGGUGACACUGAAGUUGCAGGGCCCACCCACUGCCCCCCAACUGCUGCUCCGGAGACAGACCACACGUGCCUGAGUAUUAGCGUGACAGAGGUUGUCAAGACCUCCAACUUGGCAGGAAGAUCCUUCUCUACGGUGACAAACACCUUCCGUUCGGCUAAUGUCCAGAUCCAAAGCCGGGACCAGAGGCUGCUGGCGCUGUUGCUGGACAAGGACAGUUGCCGCGCGUACAGGGAUGUGGCCAGGUUCGAGGUUGCUCCCUGCCCAGAGCCGUGUUCUGGGGCCCAGAAAUCCAAGGUGCUGGGGCUCAGCUCACACCAGGAGGAGAUGGAAAGGACCAAAGCCAAGGCCAGACCCCUUCUAAUGCCCAUCAACACGUUCUCUGGCAUCGUCCAGUGAGCCCAAAGGGGCUGCAGAAUCGCUGAGUCUGAGCGCGGCGGGCCCGAGAGGAAGGAUACACUACCCCACCCGCCCCAAACACUCACAGCAACGACUAGAACAAGGCUCCUUGGGCCGGCUUCCAGCCCCAUCUAAGAGCCAGCAAGCCCCAGGAGCACGGGGGGCUGGCCGUGGCGGGUGCGAUGGAGCAGGGCCCCCACGAAGGGUGGAGGAGGCCCUGGCCAGGCUGUGAGCACAAAGCCCAGCUCCUUGCGCCCGUGUCCGCUCCUCCGUUGAUUUCCAAUCCCUGCCUCUCCCACGCAA